UGUAUGGGGACUUUUAUUUUGAAAUCCAUAUUCUACUCCUGCUUUGGGCGCAAGACUUCUGCCAAAGACACGAGAAAGCAUAAGAAAAGCACAUGACCCAAUGCGUUUAUAUUUUGAAUCCGUAACUCGCAAGAGCGUUUAACCAGGUUAUCUAAGUAUCAUGUGGAGUCCUGAUGAAAUAGCCAGCUUGUGUUAUAAUCACUUCAAUAAACUGCCUAAAAGAGGAAAGCCAGCGGCGGGCAGAGAGUGGACUCUACUGGCUGCUGUGAUUCUACUGACUGACAGCUCGGAGCUGAAGACAGUUCGCAAGCAGGUUGUGUCUUUGGGGACCGGCACCAAAUGCAUCAGCCAGUCUGCCAUGAGUACGAAGGGUGACAUUCUGAAUGACAGUCAUGCUGAGGUUAUUGCUCGGAGGGGAUGUGUCAGGUAUCUGACGGAGCAGCUGUUCAGGGCCGUAAGCGGCCAGAGCUCUGAUGUUGUCUGUCCUGGGUCUGAAGAGGGAAAAUGGAUAGUUAAACCGGGAGUUUCCUUCCUUUUCUUCACCAGUCAAACACCCUGUGGUGAUGCCUCCAUAUUUCCUAUGACUGGCAGUCAAGCGCAGCCCUGCGAACCAGUGAAUGCACUCCAGAGCGAAGAAUCAGAGCGACGAGGUCUGAAACGACACGCCGAGUGUGAUUUGGAAGAGACCAGGCAGGGUCCAAGAAUGAAGACAAGUGACAACCACUCAUCUCGCAGAAAAUCAGGGAAUACCAGUGAGCAUGAAGCUAUAACAGAAAACAGAGAAAGUAGUCCAUUAAAUGAAGUCUUGCGCUGUCACCCGGGAGUAGAGAGAGCCCACCCGCCUGACCUCCAUCGCACGGGGGCAAAGUGUGUCCCUGACAGCCCAGCCGACCCGCUCCAGCCCGGGUUACUCUAUCACAGUGUUGGGGUUCUGCGGCUGAAGCCGGGACGUGGGGAGCGCACACUUUCUCUCUCCUGCAGUGAUAAACUGGCCCGAUGGGGCGUUCUGGGCUUCCAGGGCGCCCUGCUGUCUCAUUACCUGCAAGCGCCGCUCUAUUUCAGAGCUGUGGUGGUUGGAAAGUGUCCUUACAGCCAUCAGGCAAUGCAGAGAGCACUGAAAACACGAUGCUCUGAUGUGAGGGAUCUGCCGUCAGGUUUCUCUGCACACGAUCCAGAGAUUCUGCAGUCCACUCUGGGAUUUCCUAACAACCACACACACACCGAGGCCAAACACACACACACACAGGGCAGAAUAUCUCCCUGCGGGGCAGCAAUCAGCUGGUGUGCCAUUUCCCAGCAGCCUCUAGAUGUCACUGCAAAUGGUUAUAAACAGGGAGUGACUAAAAAAGCUCUGGGCACAUGGCAAGCAAGGUCAUUAAUCAGUAAAGUGGAGCUCUUUCAUUCAUUUCUGAAACUGGUGGCAGCAACUGAAGAGCUUCCAGAGUCCCUCCGUGGAAAAGAUUUGAAGACGUACUGGGACUACAAGCAGGCCGCAGGGGCGUAUCAGCAGGCCUGGACACAGCUGCGUCUGCAGGCCUUCCCGCUGUGGCCCCGCAGCCCGCCAGAACUGCUGCUGUUCUCCUAGUGGACUGGACUUUUAUCAUAUCAGUGUCCUGAACGGAUAGCAUGAAUAGAAGCUGUAUCUUGCUCUAAAGGCUCCAGCAGAGUUCACAUAAAUAAAUGUAAAAAAAAAAAAUCGACUGUCUUCUAUUAAAUAAGUGUAAAAUGCUAAGCGCUACUUGAAACAA